AUGUCUGGAACAGUUCAGAAGAUAUCUGAAUUGAUAAAAGAUGACUUGUCAUUAGAAAGGAUACGCGAAAUUAAAGAACAGUUGUUAAAUCAAAAAUCUACAAUUGAAUAUCAAUUGAACAAGGAAUCUGAAAAGUACUAUGGAUACAUACAAGACAGCUUAAACUUGCUGAACACUUCGCAGAAAGUUCUCGGAUCCAUGAGAGAUAGAAUGCAAGAUGUCAAUAAAUUAAGUGACGAAAAUAAGACAUCAAUUGAAAGGUACGAAGUCAUCUCUGAUGCCACCAAACUUUAUGAAAUGAUUUCAAAUACCUCCACGAUAUAUGACAAAAUAGUCAAGUUUGGAUCAAUCGUUGAUCAAUUGAAUAAUGCUCUGGACGAAGAACUCUCACAGGAAGUUAUUGACUCUGGUUGCCCUUACUUACUACAAAUUCACUAUUUACUCACUUUAGCUCGUGAUUUCCAAGAUCAAAUGACUGUGAUGGCCCGUGUUUCUACGGACGACGUUCAAAGAACGGUAGCUAAACUUUUCGGUGGACUCACAGAAGUGAUCAAUAAAUUUGACCAAUUAUUAGAAAAUAUAAUCUACGAUAUAGUAGAGAUUGCAAGAUCAGAUCAAACAUCAUUGGCUGUUCGUUUUUUCAAAGUUAUCAAUAUUGAAGAAAAGGAAGAUCUAAAGAUCAUCGCAAUUAGAAAUAUUAUUAAGAAGAAAGAAAUGGAAGCUGAAAAAUCAUCAAUGAAGAAACUUCCCAACAGCACAAAUACAGCUAGGUUAAUGGGAAACAAAAAUUUGACCGAGGCUGAUUAUCCAACCUACUACGGUCUCUAUCAAGAAAUACUGAAUGGCACCAUUUCCACUAGAACCCUACCCAGAGGUUAUAAGAACUUUUUUUUCAACAAAAUGAAACAAUCAAUCCAAGAUAUGUUUGUAGAAGUUAGAGAAACUUAUCAGGGGGAUAAAAAAUUCGAUAUUUUGAAUGAAUCUGAUUGGAUCUUUAGAGAGUUAUUGGUUGUUAAAGAAAAACUGGCGUUAUGUGGACCAGAACCUUGGAAUUUGGUCAGUAAAGUCUUUGAGUUUUUCUAUGAAGAAUUGCAUAUUCUAAUUACAGAACUCGUUGAAUCUGAACCAGAAACAAUUGUUAUCUUGGAUAUUCUUCACUUUGACAAGACAUUCAAAAAGACUUUAAUAGAUGUUUUGGGGUUCAAGAAAUCAGAGGCUAAAAGCAUCAUAGGUGAUGAACAGAAAGAAGCGCUUUUCAAGGACUACUCGAACUUAUUAGUUGUUAAAAUGACUGAAUGGUUCAAAAAUCUGGAAAAAGCAGAAUUUGAAGCGUUCCUUGAGAGGACUAUACCGCCACAUACUGAUCCAGAUGGAUUAUUAUUUUUAGAUGGUACCAAGACAUGCUUUCAAAUGUUUACACAACAAGUUGAAGUUGCGGCAGGUUCACAACAGGCGAAAAUCCUAACUGGUGUCAUUGAGAAGUUUGUAGAUCUACUAAUUAAUCGUCAACAGCAUUGGUCCUCCAUUAUUGACAAAGAAGUCGACAAAAUACUUAAGUACAACGAAUUAUAUGACAUAGAUCCUGCUAAUAUCCCCCCUGAGGCAGAUGUACCAGGUGGGCUAGUGGAAUAUUUGAUUGCCACAGCAAAUGAUCAAAUGAGAGCUGCUGAUUAUUCCGUUGCAAUUUCUCAUAAAUACGGAGAAAUGGUAAGCAAAAUGUAUUCAAAGGAGAUUUCGAACAAUAUAGAACGUGCAUUAGACGGUUUUGCUGAUGUUGUCAGAUCCUGUACCAGUGGAUUGCUUUCGAUUAUAUUUGAUGACCUAAAGACACCAUAUUCCGAAAUAUUUAGCAAAGCUUGGUACAAUGGAAGUCAAGUCCAACAAAUUACAGAUACAUUGUAUGAAUACCUGGUUGAUAUAAAGGGACAAAUGAGUCCCGUGGUUUUCAUACUGUUUAUUGGUAGUGUCAUUGACGAGACCUUUUUCAACUUCGUACAGGCAUUGAAUUUUGAACACUCUUUCAAGAGCAAAAAUAACAAGUUUUUGGAGGCAAUGAAGAGAGACUUUGAAUUAUUCUUCAGUUUAUUCACAAAGUUCAUAACAGAGGAUCAAAAAGUGGAAGUCAUUGAUAGGAGGUUCAGAGUUAUGGAAUAUUUCAUGGAUUUAACAUGUGAACCAGUAGAUGAAAUAGUAGCCACAUGGAGGGACUUGAUACUUGAUUACCCAGAGACGCCAAUUGAUUUCCUAGACGCAGUUUUAACCUGCAGAAAGGAUGUUGACAGUUCUCAAAGAAAGCAUAUGAUACAAAUGGGCAUGAAAUAUAUCAAUUCCCCCGAACGAAGGGCACACCUUCAACAGCUAACGAUGGAUCCAUCCUUCAUUUCACGGUUUAGAUUGUCGAAAAAAUCUCGAAAGAUAUAG